AUGAAGUUUUUGGUUGGAUUGCUGCUCCAAUGGUAUCUUCCUGGCAUUUAUGCCCUUGCCGAGAUUGCCUGUCGCAUAGCCGUAGAGCAGAAUGUCCAGGUGACCUAUCUGUACCGCUGUGCCAGCUGCCCGGCAUCCUUCGAUGCGGAUUACUCUGCCUUGGAAUUGGAUCUCUAUCGGUGUGUGGGCAGUAGACUGCCCGUAAUCACACGGAACAUGGAAGCACAUGAGCUGGAACCAUUUAGACGAACGGACAGCCUAAGCAUCUUUCAAAUUCCGGCUGCCGAAAAGGGUGAUUCCUUGGUACGCCGCAUCCUGGACAUGUUGAAUCCUCACCAGAGGCGCAAGCAUAUGCACAAGUAUCUGUUUGUUUGGCCAAAUGCCGGAAGGCAUCAGUUACUGCGACUUUUUCGCGGCAGUUGGGCCAAGAAGCUGCUCUACGGAUUGGCCAUUACCGGCAGGGAAAAUGGCACCUUUGACUUUGAUCCCUUUGCUUGGGGUGGUCUCCAAGUGAUUCAGCGGCUGGAUGGCGAAGUGCCGUACGCAAGAAAGGUGAAGGACUUGCGCGGCUACCCAUUGCGUUUCUCCAUGUUUACGGAUCCGUUGAUGGCGAUGCCCAGGAGUCCUGUGGAGACAGCUGGCUAUCAGGCAGUGGAUGGAGUGGCGGCCCGAGUUGUUGGCGAGAUGUUGAAUGCCUCAGUAACAUAUGUCUUCCCGGAGGAUAACGAAUCCUACGGUCGUUGCCUUCCGAAUGGAAACUACACCGGCGUGGUCAGCGACAUAGUCGGUGGUCACACCCACUUUGCACCCAAUUCCCGCUUCGUGCUCGACUGCAUUUGGCCAGCGGUUGAGGUGCUGUAUCCCUAUACCCGUCGCAACCUGCACCUGGUCGUGCCCGCCUCCGCAAUCCAGCCGGAGUACCUGAUCUUCGUGCGUGUCUUUCGGCGAACUGUGUGGUACUUGCUCUUGGUCACCCUUUUGGUUGUGGUGCUGGUCUUCUGGGUGAUGCAACGUCUGCAGCGAAGAAUUCCCCGUCGCGGAGUCAUCCAGUUUCAGGCAACGUGGUAUGAGAUUCUCGAGAUGUUCGGCAAGACACAUGUGGGUGAACCGGCGGGCAGGCUAUCCUCCUUCAGCUCGAUGAGAACGUUCCUCAUGGGUUGGAUCCUCUUCAGCUACGUCCUGUCCACCAUCUACUUUGCCAAACUGGAGUCCGGAUUUGUGCGACCAAGCUACGAGGAGCAGGUGGACCGAGUGGACGAUUUGGUACAUUUGGAUGUGCACAUUUAUGCGGUGACCACGAUGUAUGACGCAGUUAGGAGCGCCCUGACGGAGCACCAAUACGGUCUGCUGGAGAACCGUAGUCGCCAGCUGCCACUGGGAAUAGCCACAUCCUAUUACCAGCCGGUGGUCCGGCGCAGGGAUCGACGAGCGGCCUUUAUCAUGCGGGAUUUUCACGCCCGUGACUUUCUGGCCAUCACCUAUGACUCGCAGGCAGAGCGACCAGCCUACCACAUCGCCCGGGAAUAUCUGCGCUCUAUGAUAUGCACCUACAUCCUACCAAGAGGAUCGCCCUUUCUGCACCGCUUGGAAUCUCUGUACAGUGGCUUCCUCGAGCACGGCUUCUUUGAGCACUGGCGUCAAAUGGAUCUGAUCACCCGGGUUGGUGCGUCGCCGGAUGCUGAGGAGUUUCUCGAGGAUCUGGGCGACCAGACGGACACGGAUUCCGGCUCCAACGAGUUGGCGAUUCGUAACAAAAAGGUGGUUCUCACUCUGGACAUCCUGCAGGGCGCCUUCUAUCUCUGGUCCGUGGGGAUUGGCAUAAGCUGCUUGGGAUUUGCAGUGGAGCACGCUCAUUGGUUUUGGCGGAGACAGACACUUCGGAAUGCGGUUGAAGCUAGAACAAGCUAA